AUGGACCCUGCUCUAAGACGCCGCAGACAGGAGCGGCAAGAGCAGGAACCGGCGAGCCCUUCUGCUCCGGAAGACGGGGCUCCUGAGGUUAACCCGUUUUGGAGCGAGAAAGCGAAGAUGGAAAUCUCCAUCCAGAAGGCCCGGCCGCUAGACCUGGUGAGAUGCGAUGACGAGGUUUUGGAGCCAGAUUACAAUGCUAGCGGCAAGGGCCGAGGACUUUCCAGUUCACAAGGGAGUUCGGAAGUCAUUAAGGCUGCUGGGGGGCAGGCGACGGAUCCUGGGGUCAAAGGGCGUUUCUUUCAAGAACAAGUUGAGGAGAUCCAGAACUUAAGGAUGAACACUACAACCUCCUCUACCUGGCCCGAACAGACUGUACUGGGAAAGUCCGUGCCGCAGACCCACAAUGAGCAGCCCGACUGGCUUACCAUGUCUCCUCUCAAGUCCCAACAGCAUGAAGCCUCUUUGGAAUCUGGAGAACAGCCCGAGCUGGCAACGGAACGGCGCUUUGUGCCGACAGCAGUGAGGGGUGAUGCUCCUGGCCUAGACGGCUUUGCAGGCCUUUGGAGAUUCUUCGGCAAGCCUCGAGAUCCCAGAGACCUCCACAACGUUCGGCACUGCAAGGAGGUCUAUCCCUCUGUCUCCGGAAGCCCAGAAAUCCCAGAAGAGUUCGGCCUACGAGAGCCUCCACGUCAGUCCUCCCUCGAUAUGGAUUUUGGCCCAUCUGUUCACUCCCCGAUGGCUUUUCCUGGGGACAGGGUUCCGUCUAUGGACUUUGGACUUCACUCUUUUACAGGGUUCCUUCGAUGGACUUUGGACUUCAUUCUGCCGCGGGUGCUGGACCUCAUGGACUUCGCCCUUGGUCGCAGCUCCGCCCAUUCCUGGGGCGUGGAGCAACAGUCCAUCUCCUCCGAAGCAUCCUGCGUUUGGAGCACAACUUCCAGUGCCAUCCUGCCAUGCUGUCUCCUCCUGCGCGGGAGCGGCAAUGCCUCGAUACCAAUCGCCUCCUCCGAGGCCUCCUUCUUCUACUCCGCCCCCGCCUAUAACCCUAACAACCCCACCGCGCUUGGAGAUUGGAUCGCAGUGGUCCAGCCGAUGAUUUCUUCACUGUCAGACACCGGAAGUGUCUGGUGGGGUUAUACAUACCAGGCGGCCAACCAGGCCUACGUGCGGUGGUUGUCCACCUCCCCGCUUGAAAGGCUGUCGAUCCAGAAGGAGUUUGAUCAAGUAAACUUGGUGCAGCCCCAGCAUGCCUUGCUGGAACAGCGAUGCGUGACCUUGAUUCUUCAGGCAAUCCCGCAUGCUGUGAGGGUUGACAUUGUCGCCUCACGCCACCUGAGUGUGGCAGGAAUGAUCUUUCGUCUGAUGACGGUGUUUCAGCCCGGGGGAGCGUCAGAACGAUCAACCAUGUUGCGUUUUUUGGUGACGCCGAAGGCUGCUUCCACUUUGUCGGAGGCUGCAAAGCUGCUGAGGCAGUGGACCCAAUGGCGUAUGCGCCUGAAACAACUGCAUGCAGCAGAGCCUGACACUACGCUUCUGGUUAAGGGUUUAGAUGUCCUGACAGGAAAGGUGUUGCAGAAGCACUCCGCGAGCCUCUUCCGACUUGCCACUUUCCGUGAGAGGCUUGGGGUUGACUAUCAGCCGACCUCCGACGCUGUGUCGGAGUUGUGUCGAAUGAUGCAGGCGAAGGUGGAGCACCUGAUGCACUCCACGGAUGACAAUCCUGUGAAGGAUGAGGUUCCGGGCCGAGGGGAUGAUGCUAAGAAGCAGCGCUUGCAGCGCCUGCAGACGUCUCCCACUACCCCGAAGGCCAAGGCUUCUCCAGCGGGACCCAAGUCGCCGGGUGCAGGCAUGAAACCUUGCAGGAGCUGGCUAACGGCUGGCGGUUGCACGUACGGGUCGUCAUGUCAGUUCUACCACGACCAGGACGAAGAAAAGAUGCGGGGCCGAUGCUUCUGUUGCAGUGCCGAAGAUCACUGGGCGGACUCAUGCCCGGUGAAAGCCAGGUUAAAGGCGGAGGCUAAGGCUGCCAAUGAGGCAGAGGCUGCAGCUCCGAGUCAGGGGGAUGGCAACGCAGCCAUCAAUGCAGAAAUCUUGAGUGUGCUAAGGUCGAUCAAGACCAAGGCCUUGCGGCUUAGUGCUGUGAGCAACCCGACUGGCUACGGCUUGUUGGAUAGCGGGGCCUCCGCUUCUCUCCGCCAGGCAUCGCCUCAGGAAAUCCAGGAGUCCCGCCCGGUGAGCGUGUCUCUCGCGAUCGGCGAGGCUCUGAUGCAUGUGAACUCCGCCGGGACUUUGUUGGUCAGGGAGUCAGUGCAGCCAAUCUUGCCGAUGCAUGCGUUGCCGCUUUUGGGCUGUGAGAUCAACUGGACUGACCGGGGCAUUCACGUGCGGCAUCCAGGUCUCGGGAUUCUUCCGGUGAGACUCAAGGAUGGCACUCCUGAGUUGCCAGAGUUUCUGGUGCUUCGCCUGAUUGGCGAGUACGAGCGCUUCCUCUUGCGCCGUGAGACCUCAAGGGCCGUGUCGCAACAGCUUUGGCAGCGAUCAGUUGGCCAGGAGGAGGUUGGGCUUUCGUCCCUAAGGGAGUGGGUUGCAGCCCAUGAAGCGGCAGAUUCGUGCAGCGAAAGUGAGCUGCAGCUGAUCGUUAAGACCCUCUUUCCUGGGCUCCCAGAACGGUUAGCGUCUCAGGUUGCGGUGAGUCCCACCUUUGAUCCCUCCUGCGUUCCUUUCAACCGCCGGACCAGGAGACAGCUGUUUGACCCUCAGGUCCCAACCUUGGUGCAUCUGUUUGCUGGAAAGCAGCUGUGGCGACAUUCUGUCGGCCAAGUGCUUGAGGUUGAUAUCUCCAGGGGAUCGGACCUUCUCUCUGAUGAUGUGUUUGGCAUGCUGCUGCGGGCAGCCACCCUGGGUGUCAUCGAUGGGGUCGUAGGUGGCCCGCCAAGCAGGACCUUCAAUCCUGAAGCCCUGGCGUCCUCCUCGAAUGGCUUGAAGUUCCGAGGGGAAGAGGGGGAUGAUAGGUUUGGGUUUUCAGACCUCAGCCCGUCCGAUCGUGCUUUGGUUGAUCGGGACACCCUGUUGUUCCUCCGGUCUCUGCUGUUGACCUUUGUGGCCUCGUGUGCCAAAGAGAAGUUCUUCAACUGCUUGGAAAUGCCUGAGACUUCCACUGCGUGGGAAUGGCCCGAGUAUGAGAAUGUUUCUGUGUGUCUGGGGGGAUGGACCGCCAGCUUCGACCAGGGCACUCUUGGCCAUCCCUGCUCUAAGGCCACUGCCGUGUAUACCAGCAGCUUUCAGCUGUAUGAGUCUCUUCAUGAGCUGAAGCUUCCUCCAGAGGUGAUUGAAGCCCCGGCUUCUAACUUCUACGGCAAGGAGUGGGCUCCUGGGCUUGUUAGCCGGGUUCUGCGGGCCUGGGAUGACUACUGCUGUGUCAGCUUUGAGCGCUUGCAGGCUCACACCCGUGAGCGGGAAGGACUCCUUCUCAACUUGUGCCAGGAAGCCACUGUGGCUAAGAUGUCACCCGAGGUUUGGGAAAGGCACUGCCAAGCAGAUCAUUUGCCGUAUCGCAAUGAUUGCCCAAUUUGCAUUCAAGGAGCUUCCCGCGAUCGCUCCCACUUCACGAAGCAUCCGCAUCUGUUUGAGCUCUCCAGCGAUGUUGCGGGUCCGUACCACAAGGGCCGUGACUUUGGAGGAGCAUGCAGGUAUUUUGUGAUUUUCACAAUAAGGGUGCCGGUCAAAAGUGAUAAGAAGGAGUGGCGGGAUAAGUCUUCUGAAAUAGCUUUCCAAGAAAAGGUUGAUGAGGCUAAGGCCCAGGAUAAGGAGGAUCCCCACGCAAGCUUGAUCUACCAGCCGGUGCAUGUUACCGGAGAGCCCUUAAAGGGGGAUGCUGAGCAGCCUUCUCGGGUUAAGGUGUACACAAAGCUUGGGGAUGACUUCCUUGAAGAGCCAAGCUCGGCAGUUGGGGUUUCUUCCACGCCGGGGGAGGAUGACGACUCAGCUCUUCCUGUGAGCUUUGAGGUUAAAUCUCCUCACAAGCCUCCGCCGCUUCAGCCUGAGGGCAGUGACUCUGAUGAUGGUCAAGAGUUUGUGACUUUGGUGUGGGCGGAACCACUGAAGACCCGCCAGUCCUUCAAUGUGCAGCUUGCGAUCAUGCGUGCUGUUGCCCGCCUCCGAGCGUUUGGCAUUCCGUGCUUUCGCUUCCAUAGCGACAGGGCUCGGGAAUACUUGAGUGAUUCGCUUGAAAGGUUUCUGGCCGAGCAGGGCAUUCACUCCACAAGGACAGCCCCUGAGGAUCAUCCCUCCAACGGCGCUGCUGAGGUCGCGAUUCGAGAGGUCAAGCGGGCGGCCCGCAGAGCUCUUCUUUCGGCAAAUCUGCCUUCGUGCCACUGGCCUACGGCAGUGAGACAUGCCGGAGAAGUGAUGUGGCGUAAGGGCCUUGUUCGUUUGGGUGGUGCGGCCAGGUCUUUGCUGGCUUACGGCACGCCUGUUGAGGCUCGCAAGCGCCUUCGCCACAGGGAUGUUUGGAUGUCCCGAACUCGGUCUGGAGUUCUGAUUGGCCCGGCUCCGCAGACCUUGUCUUCGUACCUUGUGCUGUUUGAGGAUGACACGGUGUGCAUUACGUCGGCGGUGUAUCCUGUUGAUUACCGGCCGCGCCCUCCGUCUGAUUCCUUGAAAGCUGGUUCGGAUGGGCCGGUUGACUUCCUGUCAGAUUCGGCUGACCAAUCACAGACAACUGGGAUGCCGGAAGUUCCCCAGCAGGAGUUCUCGACCUUGCAAGGUGUCUAUGAAGAUCCAGCCAAUCCAGCCCCUGGUGGCAGAAAUGUGCAAGGCAUCAACCGCCGCGUGCUUCAGGUCUCCUUUGCCUACAUGUCUCCUGAGCAGUGGGCAGCGGUGUGUUAUCUUGAAGAGGAGGAAUUUGAACGUCAGAUGUCGGACCUUACCCGUUUUUUGGAUCCUGGUGAUCCUGUUGAUGGGGAUACCGAAAUCCCCUUCCUCCUUCUUCGGGGUACCUUGAGAAAUCACCGCUGGGAUCGCUAUCCCACCAUGGAAUAUCAAGAUGCCGAUGGCCGCCGGGCCCCUUUGUUUGAGGUUCUUCAGCACCAUGAUGAUGAUGGCUGGUAUGCCGAUGAUAGCGCAUUUGGGGAUAGGCUAGAGCCACUCAGUCCCUUGGCUGUGCCUGGUCCCAUUGACCCGCCUCAUAUUCGGGCAUUCCGAGUGAAGGACGAGGCCUCCAGUGCCUCAGGGUCCUGCAGCACUUCAUCUAGCCAAGGCUAUCCGCCUGCCGACCGUCCCGGCCAAGGCUAUUCGCCACCCAUGCCUGCUGAAGCUCCUGCGGUCCCAGACCCGUCUGGUUCGGUGUCCAGCUUUUCUUCAGGAUCGCUGGAUGUGUCAGCAACGGGCCCGGUGUCUUCUAGUUCGGGGAACACCUCCACUGUGGAUACUUACUCCACCCUGCAAUCUAGCAUCGCUGAAUGGACCAUUGAUCCUCCCAGCAAUCCUCUCUGCCACAUGCUCCAGUCAGGUGCACCGCUGAGCCCUUACAUCAUUCAGAUUGGGCUGCAGGGCUGUGUGGAAGUUCUUGAGAAUGAUGAUGAUCUUGAAAAAACGUUGCAUUAUGCAAUUCGGGGUUUCCAGUCCGAGCAACGAGGAGGCCGUAUGCUUCCCAAUGCCCUUGAGCCUAAGGUUGGCUGGAUUGUGGUUGGAGCUAUGAUAGCCCGUUGGUUGGAGGAUAAUCCUGAAAGUGCGAGUGGCUAUGAUGUCCCUGAAAGGGUUAAAGCCAUCGCCCUAGGAACAGCCACUUCCACGGUGCCUGAAGCCCCCGCCCCGUCGAUGUAUGACUUUUGGUUGAAAAAACUUGAUCAUAAUGAUAGAGCGGAUGUGAAUGUUCCAACUCCGCGAUGGGACAGGCGGUAUGCAGUGCUGAGUGAUCGUGAAGCAGAGCGACUCCAACGUGGUCGUCCAGUCGAUGAACCAGCCAGUGGCUGGAAUGAGCUCGAUCUGCAAAACUUUGGCUGUUUGGUUCACACCAUGCACAACCCCGAGCAUGCCUUUAUGAUCGGACUGUUUGUCCUUCGGGGUCGAAAUUGGACCAUCAUGCCUGAGGUGCGUAUGAUUUGGGAUCACCGGCAUACCAAUGCUCCCGUGCCCUAUGUGUUUGGGUAUCAGCCCGGUGGCUUGAAUGAUCAGAACACUGAGUACGAGCUUGACCUCCUUGGCGUCGUAGAAACAGAAAGGGUCGUCGACUUUGAAGGCGAACCCAAUCGUCGCGCCUACCUUUACCGGGCCAUCCGAUAUGGCCAACCUCCUCAGUGGUUUCUGAUCGAAAGCAACAUGAUCUGGCAAGAUCGGUUCCGCUCUUCUGAAGAGACCGGUCGCAACCCAGUUCCCAAUCCCCAAGGGCCUCCGCCCUUUGAGAACAGGAGAGAUCGUUCUCCGCGUCGGGACCCUGAUGCUGGGCCUGCCUUUCGUGUUGCCCGGCUCUUCUCUAGCUCUGGUGGUUCCCCGUCGGCAACAGAAGCGUUCUCUCCGUGUGAGACCUUCUGCAAGCAGGUGCUUCUUGAAGGAAACUCCGUUUCCACGGGUCAGCUUGCAAAUGCUAUCCGUUUGUACGUUCAAGAUAAGAAAGCGAUCAAUCGGAUCGCGAAGCGCCCUCUUGCCGGGAACCAGAAAGAUGAAGCUUCAGGAGCAACGCUCCCUCCUUGGUUCUGGUCUUCCGGGGCUUGGGUUUUCAGUGCUAAGGUUGGAAUCACCAAUACGGUGCAUGAGUGCCCGUGGCUCACUCGCCUUCUUGCUGUGAGCCUCUUCCACCGCACUGGGCAUUGCUUUGCCUCCGUUGGCUUUGUCGUCAACAUUGAGUCAGAGAUCCAUCGGGACUCUCACAAUUCCCUUGAGUCAAUGAAUGUGGUUUGGAAUGUCGGGCAAGGCUCAGGUUCUCUUGAGGUCCGGGGCCAUGAGAUGCCUCUUCCGCCAAAUGCCUGGCUUAGUUUCCCCCCGCGUGAUCUCCAUAAGUCUGGAAGUUGGGAAGGAGAUAAAAUCCUGGUUUUGGGCUACACCCCUAGAUCUCUUGAAAAGUUAACUUCUUCGGAUCUUCUAAGCUUGAGAUGGGUGAAUAUGCCAAUCCAGGACCUUGAGCCUCUGUCGUCGUCUUCCGUCAUCGGAGAACCCUCUCCUGGAGACGGCGUGUCGAAGUUGCUUCCAGAUGAGUGUGAUUCAGGUGAAGAGGAAGCAGACCUCCCGGCAGAGGAAUCUUGGAGUCAGGUGACUCAGGGAUAUGAGCAAAUGCACCAAGCAGUGACGCAUUUCUUGAAGUCACUGCAACGAUCUGUUGUGGGCGCUUCUUCUGAAGGCCCAGUUGACCCUAUCACCUUGCAGGCGAUGCGCGAAGCUUCCUCCCUUCGAAAUGAGUUGGGCUGGCAUCUAGAACUUGCGCGCCUGUAUGGCUGCGAUGAGCCUGUCAGUUCCUCCUCGUGGAGGGUGUGUGCCGCUGCCCCUGCAGCAGAACAUCUUGAGUCUCAGCCCUUGCUGCAUACCCGCAUCGUCUCGAAUGAGGAAGUCCGUGAGAAACUGCAUGAAUGGCGGGAUGCCAUGAAAGCAGAGUGCGAUUCCUUGAUUUCGAAGGGUGCUGUUGAGCUUGUGGCAGAUAGUCAAGUUGAAAAAUGGAUUUUAGAUGGUGAAGAUGUAGAGAUCCUCCCCGGCCGGGGUGUUGCCACUGAAAAGCCCCCUGUAGCUCCCGGAUCCACUAAGAGAAAUAAGUAUAGAGCUGUAAUUUGCGGCAAUUUUCAAAAGUGGUCCGAGGAAAGGGCGGCAGAGUCCUUCUAUGCCGGAGGAGCGGAUUCUCUUUCGAUCCGCACUGCCUUGAGAUGGGCGGGCAUGAGGAAGCACGGUGGUUCAGGAACUGAUGUCAAGACUGCCUUCCUCAACGCUCCUCUUGAUGAGCAGGAGGCAGAGUAUCUGAUCUGCAAUCCACCUAAGGUGCUGUAUGCCGCGGGAGUUAUCCCGAGGGGCUAUAAGUGGAGAGUCCACGGUGCUCUCUACGGACUCCAGACCUCGCCUCGUGCUUGGUCCCGCCUCCGGGACAAAACCUGCAGAGUCCUGACCUGGACCGUUGAUGGCGAGAACCGCCACUUGCAACAGUGUGUUGCUGACCCCAACAUUUGGCUCGUCAAGUCCCCUUGCGGUGAGACUGUUGCCUUGAUGUGUUGGUAUGUCGAUGACCUCCUAGUGUUAGGACCUUGGUCGGAGCGAUCUGCUCUUCUUGAGAAAAUCAAGGCCACAUGGGAGUGCAGCGCAUUCACGCAUACUGAAAAUGGCCCAGUUGAAUAUUGCGGUCUCGAGAUUUCGGAGUCUGCUGAUGGUCUCUUGAUUGGGCAGACCAAGUACAUCAAGGAACUCUUGAAGAGGCAUAACGUGCAGGGGAGUGCCAAGUCUCCAUGUGCCGCGUGGUCAGCCAACUUCGAUGAUGGCGAAAGCCGUGAUGACCCGGUUGAUCCGGAAGCGGUUAAGGCCGCUCAAAGCAUAACUGGUGAGCUACUGUGGCUCUCAGUUCGAGCGCGCCCCGAGCUGUCUUUUCCAGUCAGCCGCAUGGCACAGUUGACCACUAAGAGGCCAAAGGAUGCGCUAAGCAUUGGGCAGGGAGUGUUGCGUUUCUUGAAUUCUUCACCCUCCCAGUGCAUUGUGUAUGGCCCUCCUCCUGGUGACUGCGGGGCCUCUCAACAGUAUCCGAGGCCGGUCGUCGAAACGACCUUGCAUGCUUUUGCAGAUGCCUCUUUUGGGCCAAGUUCAGGCAGGUCCCACCAGGGUCUGUUAGUGUGCUGGGCUGGAGCUCCGCUCCACUGGGAAUCUGGCCGCCAGACGCUGACUGCUCUUUCAACUGCUGAGAGCGAGCUGAUCAGCUACGUCUGUGUUGUGCAAGCAGCUGAAGCUGUUGAGGCCUUGAUUGGGGAGAUCUUUCCAGAGCCCCUUACUCGAUCCCUCUUCGGAGAUAAUUCUUCAGCAAUAAGCAUUGUAAGCGGCCCCCCAACUUCCUGGAGAUCCCGCCACUUAAGACUUAGGUCCCAUGCCCUACGCGAAAGGAUCGAAAAUGGUGUUUGGACUGUUUACCACUUAAGCGGCUUGCUGAUGCCCGCCGAUAUCCUUACAAAGGCGAUGGCAGCCUCAAAGUUCGGCGACAUGUUGCCGUUUUUAGGGGUUAAGAAUCCGUCUGAGGAUUGUAGGUUGCGGCUAGCUGCAGUGCUGGCAUGCUGUGCCCUGCUUCUGAAAGGGCAAGGCUCUCCUGAGCCUGAGCGUUGGGGUUGGGUUAUAGUGUACCUUACGGUUGUGAUCUUAGCCUACGAGGGUUUUAGGUCCUUCCUUAGGAGGUUCUUAGGCUUAGUUGCGUAUUUGUUCCCAGGCCUCGGUGCUCGAUUUCCCGGGGUUCUGGAUGUGCAUUCCUCGCCCGAUUCUGGGACCACGCAGCAGCCUGCCGCAAGCACCCCGCCUUCCUCCUUCACUCAGUUGCCAGCUCCUGGUGCUCGACUUCCCAGGGGUUCGUCCUCCUCCAUCGGUGCUCGACUUCCCGGUGGAGCCCCUUCAUCCUCUAGAUCUCCUUCGAAUCUCCGAUCUAUCGGAGUGAAUACCAAUCCUGAGGACUACGCUCCUCUUCCUCCUGUUCUUCCCGCUGCCCCUGCAGCUGCCUACCGUCACCCAAUCGACCUGGUGAGCCAUUCUACCUCCAGCGGCUCCCACUGGCAUCAAAAUCCCGAGUGCUACCAUCUCCGAAACCGGGAUCAUUCAUCACUGCUUCCGUGCAGUGACUGUGUGGUUGGCCGCACGGUCUUCCAUACCAAUCUCCCUACUGGACUUCGACGCCGCAGGGGAGGGUGA